AUGCGGGACACAGGUGAUGGACAGGUUCAGGGAGCAGGUUUCCGAGGUUGGAAAGAAGUGACUUCUCUGUUUAAUAAGGACGAUGAACAACAUCUGCUUGAAAGAUGUAAAUCUCCAAAGUCUAAAGGAUCUAACUUACGUUUAAAGGAAGAAUCGAAGACAGAGAAGAAAGCUGGAUUUUGGGACAAUUUGGUUUUAAAGCAGAAUAUGCAGUCUAGAAAACCAGAUGAGAUUGAAGGCUGGGAACCUCCACAGUUUGCUGUGGAGGAUGCAGCAGCUGGCAUGGGGGACUCCGUGCACAGCCAGCAGCUCUGGACGGGCUGGGAGGGUGAGGACAAGGGCUCCAUCAGGUACAGCAGCCUGACCAGCUCAGCCAGCAGUGCCAGGUGGAGCCUCCGGUCAGCGGGGAGGUUGGUCAGCCUCAGACGGCAGAGCAAGGGUCACCUGGCAGAUGCCCAGGAGGAGGUGGAGUGAGUGAGUAGUGCCCAGUGCACAGCCUUGUGCUGCCAGGCGAGCCAGGUUUUGCUGGCCUGCGUGGCCUUGUAGCACACCAUCCAGCUACGAAGCCUUCCCCCACGAAGCAGUAGACUGCUGGGUCCCUGCCCGUCCCAGGUGGAGCCCUGUGCUCCUGCCCUUGGGGAACCCGGCAGGGCCUGGGUGGUGCCUUAUGUAGAAAUGCCCACCUGCCACAGCCCAGGCUGCGGGAACUGGGUGUUUGACCCAGUAAUGACGCACAGUCUGUCCCCCGUCGUGUGUCCAAGGGUCCUGCCCCUUUUCCUUCAUGUGACAUGUGUUUGGGCUGUGACUGACCCCUGGUGGCUUGCUACCCUCUUUUCACCAAAAGGUGAGAUGAGUCUCCCAAAGGUCACGACACCCUCUGGCAUGCAGGCUGUACCUCACCAGAUUUAAAAGAGGUGUAAACAAAUGCUGGAAAAGCAGAGGACACGUGUGUGUGAAACGGCAGCACCUUGAAUGCACGCUGGUCUGACAGUGGGUUUUCCUUUGAGAUUUUAUUUUUACUUCUCGUGACUUCUUCUUUUUUUAUCCUGGGGAUGGAAUCAAGGCCAUGCACAUGCUAGGCAAGUGCUCUACUGCUGAGCUGCACCCCCAGUCCACUCUUGAACUUUUAAAUAUUGCUUUUUAUUUUCUUCAAACCUUCUGUUCACUUAGUUUACAGAUUUAGGAAAUUCUAUAAAAUGAGGCUAAUUUUAGCCACUUGAUAAUUUUGUUUGGAAAACAUUACUUGCUUAUUAUAGAGCAAGGUGAAAAAACUAUACUUAAAGGUAAAAAACUGUACUUAAGACACUGAAGUGCCUAUUUUCUAUUCUUCCCAGGUGUUUAGUUUUUCAACACAAGAUACUGUGAUUGAUGUUAGGUCUGUAAGUUUUGUUUCCCUCAAAGAGUAACUUUGGCUAACUCGAUAGCAUCUCACUCUGCCUGUUUCUGGACAUGCUAACCGUCCUCAACAGUGUGAUCCUGUAUCAGGUGUCUUUGUCAGGAUGACCUUAGUGUCGGGUGGGCCAAAUAGCUACCUUAGGUGAAAGUGAUAGGCUAGGAAUAAUUUUCUUUGUUUUGAUUAAAAACAAAAGCUUCUAGUUACACUGUGCAUUCCUUUCCUGGAAAAACAAAGCCAAAAAAAAAAAAAAAAAUCCUGCCCUUGAGUGUUUUAGUGUGUAUUUCUGUGCUGUUCCGUGUACCUGGAUGUUCCAUUUAGUGUGUCCAUGGAGAACCAGCUUUGCCUCGCGGCUGAGCACACUGUGGUAUGUCAGAGCAUCUAACUGCAUUCUUGAUAGAACAAGUUUACUCGAUCCAUUCAUCUGUUGUCCCUUUAUCAUCCAUGGCUAGCCACCCCUCCAUACUUCCAUCCAUCCCUGCACCCACCCAUCUGCCCAUUUCUCUCUCCAUCUGUCCAUCUCUCCCCACAUCCAUCUGCCUACCUAUUAAUCUCUUUCCAUCAGUCCAUCCAUCCAUCCAUCCAACUUUUAGAAAAAGAACAAGUUUACUCACUGAGCCUUGAGAAGAGGAGAUGCUAAGUGCUAUUCAAAUAAAAACUGAUCUGUUAGAGACUGUUUCAUAAGGCAGAGGAGAAUCAGAAUUUUUGUGCUGUGGCUGGAUAGACAGGUGCAGGCACCAUCAGGUCAGAGUCUUAGAGUAGGGGCUGUGUGGGUGAGUUCAGGUGGAUACCUGAACUUCCUGGGAUACCGCCUGCUAGGAUGGAAGAUAGGACCCAGGCCCACGUGACGCCAGGAGCUGGUCAGCUUGUCUUUGGCCAGUCGUCUGUGUGGUGCACAAGUAUACCCUUGUGUUUGUGUCUCUGGAGCGUGUGGGGCAUCGCAGUCCUGGGGGUCCAGGUGGUGGUGGCUGCUGUGCCUCUGUUGUGUACCUCGCUGACAUUGCUGUGACUGGAAUAUGCACUGUCAAUCCAACUUUUCUUACCCACAAAGAUCAAUGUAAAAAUGGCUUUUUUCUCUGUUGUAUCUGAUUAAAAUAAUUGUUUAUGGUU